UUCAUCAUUGAUUCAAACAGCAUGCCAAGUUCGUCUGGCAAAUUUAAUUUCAAUGUGGGCACUUGCUAUAAUUUCAAUAAUUUUCGUUUUAGCAGUUUUUACCGAUAUUUUACCUAAACCAAAAGAUAGAAUUGAACCUGGAAAAGGAAAUGUACCACAAAGAUUUAGGAAAGAAAAACAAGAGAUUGACGAGGAGCGAAUUGCGGUGUUAUAA